CUUGUAUCACAUGGCAGCAAAAUAUAUGGCAAGUGGCCAGAUUGUCAGCUGUGGGUUGUGCCCAGUCAUAAAGUGCCACCCUCUGCACAGAUCUUUUUGAACUCUUUGAUUGGGAAAGAUGGAUUGCGAGUGGCAGACAGCGAGUCCUUGAGAUUAAAAUGUCCAAGUUCUUAUAAUUUACUUACUAAAGAAGCUCCUACAGCGCGCUGCAUAUCUUUAAUUCGUAUACCUUCCAACCUGAAGCUAUUCAGUGCCAACGCCGCUGGAACUAAGCAGGAAGUUACUAGCUUUAUAAAGCUCCAGAAAACGUGUUCGGGAAUACAUUUAGAUCCUAGAAUAUACCUGAUCGAAGAAGAGCAUAAAUUACUAUCACCGCCUCCUGUAGACCAUGAAGAACUGAACUUUUCGAAGGUAGAAGACCACAAGGAAAUACAAAGGGAAAUCAAUCCCAGUACUGACCUUGGUAGUCAAGAUCACUAUCCUGAGAAUGUUAGUUCAGGAACAGGAGCAUCUUCUGAGUUAAACAAUCUGACAGAUUCCCUGAAAUCCAUGGAUAUUGUGAAUAAAACUUGUCAAGACACAGAAUCGAAGCUUCCUCACCGACUUUCUGAUGAUGCUGGUGAAGCAGUUAAACAUUCAGGGGUAGAUAAAACUCCUGCUCGUGGAAAACAAACUUCCGGUGGUCAACCAAUAUUUGUUCCUAUAGUUCUAAGGAUGGCUGACUUUGACCAUAAGGCAUUUCUGGAGGAGUGGGUAGCUACUCGUACUUUCAGGGAGAAGCAUCCUGCCCAGGAUAAAGACAAAGUAAUAACUAACUUGAUGACUAUUCAAGAUUAUUUGUGUUCCUUUACAUCACAGGGUUUGACUGUUGUUGACGUAUCAGCUGCAACAUUUCCACAGACAUUGGAUUGGCUGCAUAAUUAUCUUCUUGAGUGUCUUGAGCAAGGUUUCUAGGGGAAUCCCGAGCAAAGAGCAAGAGAGCUGCCAACCAUAUUCUUGAUGGAUAAGGGUCUGAGGACGGCGCAGAUUAAGCUAAGUGCUUUCCCACCAAGGUAGUGAGCUCCAGCGGCCAUACCAUGGUGGCUAGCUUUAAUUUUGUGUAUUUAUAUGGUUGUAAAGUCUAAAACGCUUGUAGCAGAACUUUAGAGUUGGCUCCAUGUACCAUAUGGGUUGUUGUACAAUGUAUUGUCUCCGGGAGACUUUUGUAUGUAUAGUUGACACUUGGGGUUAAUUGUGUUGUUGUUUUAUGUUUUUAUGUAUAA